AUGGACGAGAAUUCAGCACUAAUCGAAUCAAUUCUCAGAGAGCAAGAGGAGGAGGAGGCAGAAAGAUAUGGUAAGAAGGUGAACAAUGAGAGGACCCAAAGCGGCGAUGCUUAUGGCUGGCAAACGGUGUCGUAUCAGAAGCGAAACCGAAAGGUCUCGUCCAAGGCACUUCCGGCGGACUCGAACGGUGAUCUCCACAUCGGAGCUUCCUCCGCCUCCGACGUGUUCCGGCCAAUCGAGCUGCAUUCCGAGGAGCGCCGUCGGAAAACUCUGGAGGCUCAGGCGGCCGCCGCUUCCGGAGAUUCCGCCGGCGGCGGAUCGAAGCUGGAUUCCGAUGACGACGAUGAGGAUAGCAAUGCUGAGGUGUCUGGGACUGUGGAAAAUGGCGAGGUGAAGAAGGUUAAGACUAAGAAGCCGAAGAAGCCGAAGGUGACUGUGGCUGAGGCGGCUUCGAAGAUCGACGCAGAUCAUCUCGGCGCUUUUCUCGCUGAUAUUACUGCUUCGUAUGAAAAGCAACAAGACAUACAGCUUAUGCGUUUGGCGGAUUAUUUCGGUCGAGCAUUUGCGUCGGUCAGUUCGGCUCAAUUUCCAUGGUUGAAGACGUUCAAGGAAUCCACUGUGGCAAAGUUGGUUGAUAUCCCUCUUUAUCAUAUAUCUGAAAAUGUUUAUAAGACAUCAGUUGACUGGAUCGGCCACUGCUCUACUGAAGCACUUGGAUCGUUCGUGCUAUGGUCAUUGGACAGCAUUCUUGCUGACCUUACAAAUCAUCAAGGAGCAGCCAAGGGAUCCAAAAAGGUGGCCCAGCAAGCACCUUCAAAGUCUCAGGUUGCCAUAUUCGUGGUUUUAGCAAUGGUGUUGCGGCGAAAACCUGAUGUAUUGAUUAACUUACUUCCAGUGAUGAAGGAAAGUCCAAAAUAUCAAGGCCAAGAUAAGCUUCCAAUCACAGUGUGGUUGAUUGCACAGGCUUCUCAAGGAGAUCUGGUUGUGGGGUUGUACACAUGGGUUCAUUUUCUCUUGCCUAUAUUGAGUAGCAAGUCAAGUAGUAAUCCGCUGGCUAGAGACUUGAUUUUGCAAUCGGUGGAAAGAAUUUUGUCUUCUCCCAAAGCUCGUCCUAUUCUAUUAAAUGGUGCUGUCAGAAAGGGGGAGCACAUAGUGCCACCAUCGGCCCUUGAUCUGUUGAUGAGAGCUUCUUUUCCUGCACCUUCUGCCCGAGUUAAGGCAACUGAGAGGUUUGAGGCUGUUUAUCCAACCUUGAAAGAGAUUUCCCUUGCUGGUUCCCCGGGUAGCAAAACAAUGAGGCAGGUCACACAGCAGAUAUUGAAAUAUUCAGUUAAAGCUGUUAAAGAAGGCAUCCCUGAUCUGUCUAAGGAAGCAAGUGACAUUUUUAUUUGGUGUUUGACACAAAACCCUGAAUGUUACAGGCAGUGGGACAUGCUUUAUCUGGAGAAUCUUGAUGCAAGUGUUGUUGUCCUGAAAAAGCUAUCUGACGAGUGGAAGGAGCAUGCCACAUUGGCAGCGGGAGAUGAUUUUGCCCACCAUUCACUUUUGAAGGAUGCAGACAAAUAUUGCAAGCUGAUUUUGGGACGAUUGUCUCAAGGGCACGGAUGCAUGAAGAGCAUGGUGCUUGUGUCUGUUGCCCUGGCUGUGGGCGCUGCUAUCAUGUCACAAAACAUACAACCUGAGGACCUCAAGAAACUUGCAGCCAUGUUCAACUUUCCCCCAACUCUGUAA